CCGAGCGGCGCCAUGCUCCACGCUCACAGUAACCGCUAGCACGUAGAGAUGCCUCCCGAAGACCGCGACCAAGCCCCCAAUGUUCGGCCCGGGGUCCCCGCUGUUGUGUCGCUUCACUGAUCCAAGAUGACAGAGGGGUUACUGGUGGUAAAAUGGCGAGGCUAUGAGUACUACUUUUCCUGUUUCGCUCGGCGUAGCGUGGCAGAGGCAGCGGGUCGCUUCCAAAGUUGUCGGUUAGCAGGGCGCGUGUGAAGGAUCGGACUUAAAGGCGCCGCGCACCCGUUCGUGGCUGCAAACAUGGACAAGCAGCAGAGCGACCUGGAGCGGGACCAGCAGUACUGUGAACUUUGUGGGAAAAUGGAGAACCUGCUGAAGUGUGGCCGCUGCCGGAGCUCCUUCUACUGCAGCAAGGAGCACCAGAAACAGCACUGGAAGAAGCACAAGCUCAUUUGCAAGGAGGCGGACAAGGCGCAGCUUCCCAUUCAGAAGCCCGAGCAGCAGGCGCCUCAGCCGCCGCCGCCGACGCUGCCGCCUCCUCCACCGCCGCCGCCGGUGGACGACGAGGCACCGGAGAAACCCCCAGAGAAGAAAAGCCCCGAGCCGGCGGACAGCGCGUCUUUACCCGAGAGCGCGGUUAACACAGAGGCGCCCGUGGUCGGAGACAAGCCGGCGGAAGACGUUUCAAACAACACCGCCACACCUAACGGACAGACCAGCUCAUCCCCGCAGAAACUCGCCUUGGAGUACAUCGUCCCGUGUAUGAACAAGCACGGCAUCUGCGUGGUGGACAACUUUUUAGGCGCAGAGACCGGUCUGGGCAUUUUGGACAAUGUCAAGGCUCUGCACAAAACGGGCAGGUUCACAGACGGACAGUUGGUGAGUCAAAAAAGCGACUCGACCAAAGACAUCCGGGGGGACAAAAUCACGUGGAUAGAGGGGAGGGAAGCCGGCUGUGAGAAGAUCCGCUUUCUCAUGAGUCGCAUGGACGACCUGAUCAGACAUUGUAACGGCAAACUGGGAAACUACACAAUAAAUGGAAGGACGAAAGCAAUGGUGGCGUGCUAUCCAGGAAAUGGGACAGGGUACGUGCGGCAUGUGGAUAACCCUAAUGGCGAUGGACGAUGCGUCACGUGCAUAUAUUACCUUAAUAAAGACUGGAGUGCCAAGGAACACGGAGGCCUUCUUCGAAUCUUCCCAGAAGGAAAGGCCCAAUUUGCCGACAUAGAGCCCAAAUUCGACCGUCUGCUGCUGUUCUGGUCGGACAGACGGAACCCUCACGAGGUUCAGCCCGCCUUCGCCACCAGGUAUGCCAUCACAGUUUGGUAUUUUGAUGCGGACGAGCGCGCCAGAGCUAAAGAAAAGUACUUAACAGGUGCAGGGGAAAAAGGAGUAAAGGUUGAACUCGACAAAUCAUCCGAUCCCAGCUAGUGGGAUCCCUGCGUUCCCCACAAACAACCAUUAAGUGCUCUAUCCUAAGAAAGUGGCCUGUAGAGAGCAUGUGUGUGUGUUUUACAAAGACUGCAGACUUUUUGCUUGAGUGGAUGGAGAUCUGUGCUCGUGGAGACGUCAAAACCAACACACAGUGAUUUCUGUUCAUUUUCAGUAAACUCGGGCAACCCAGUAGACCUUGAAUGUCAUGACAUUGUACUGAAAGGGAUCUUUUUGUCUUUUUCACCUGUGCGGUGGAGAACGCUUACGUUAUAUCGCUGACAUUUCCAGAGCAUCACUUCAAACUGGAGCUCGGAGAGAAUCGACAUCCUUUUUUUGCAUAUACGUUUUUGCAGUUAAUUCCUUAAAGGUACAGUGUUCUGCAUAUGCUUAAUGUGUUAUGCUUUUCACAUGGAAUCAGCUGUUGCAAGAUACUGUAUGGCAAAAUAUGCUUGAGUUUGCAAUAAUACGAGGAAUGAUCUGAAUUAAAAACACCCUUUUAUUGACAGAACAA